AUGUUGUCCAACCUUAGUUUUAGUCCUGCUCCUGAGCUGGUCGAUCUAUAUGGCCUAGUUCUGCCUUUUUUAAUACCCACGGAGACCACAAUGUUUUACUUCAAUCCCACGGCACAGAACUGCAGUUGGGAAUCGCUUCAGAGGACUUUGCCACAAAAUCCCCAGAUCAUCUGGCAUCGCGAGGAGGCUUAUCCAGAAUUGUACAAACGACACAGCAGCAAUGUCUUUGCGAUGGCCUGUCUUGAGAGAACCUCCUUUGAGUGGCAGUUGAAGCUUUUGGCCACCAGUUUGACCAGAUUUAGGUCGGUUAGAGUCCUCAUCGAGGUGCAGGCCAAGGAAAGCUCCUUCCUGGCCUCCCAAAUCCUGCAACUCUGCCUGCAACACAGCAUGCUGAAUGUGGUGCUGUACUUCCAGCCUUGGAAUCGCACUAUAAAUAUCUAUAAUUACCAGGCCUUUCCCUAUUUUACGCUUGUCAAACAGCGCCUAAUGGGAAUAUCUCCACCCAGAAUUUUCACCAACCAGCUAAAGGAUCUCAUGGGAUAUAAACUGCGCGUUCAACCCGAUUUGUCGCCUCCCAACUCCUUUCCCUAUAGGAAUAGCCAAGGUGACUAUCGUAUAGCCGGCUUUUUGUGGGAGAUUAUAGAGCACUUUUCGGAAAGCUUAGGAGCCGGCAUUCAAGUUUUAUACCCCACUUGGCCCAAAGCCAAGGUGGCGGCUACGGAAUACAUGCUGGAGUUUACAAGGAAUGGUAGCUCGGACUUCGGACUGACCACCACCAUGAUUAUCUUCAAGCACGAGGAGAGGUAUCGCGACUAUAGCUACCCCAUGUUCUACACCAGUUGGUGCACCAUGUUGCCCGUGGAGAAGCCCUUGAGUACGCGUACCUUAUUCAAUCACGUACUGAGUCCCGGAUCAGCGCUUCUCCUGACUUUGGGCUCCAUCCUGUGCUUUCUGGUUAUACCUCAUAUUAUAAAAUACUUGGGUAUUACUUGUAGAGGUAGUAUAAUGGGAAUGGCUGCGAGGAUCUUUGCUUUGGUGAUGCUCUGCGCCAGUUCUGCUCAACUACUUUCCUUACUAAUAUCACCACCGCUCCACAAUCGAAUUGAAAGUUUUGAUGACCUCUUGGCUUCGGAUUUGAAAAUCUUCGGAAUGCGCAGUGAGUUCUACUUUCUGGAUGGCGACUUCCGGGCCAAGUAUGCGGCAGCUUUCCACCUGACGGACAACCCCAAUGAGCUGUAUGAUAAUAGGAACUAUUUUAACACUAGCUGGGCCUAUACCAUCACCUCAGUGAAGUGGACCGUGAUCGAUGCCCAGCAGCGGCACUUUGCCCAUCCAGUUUUCAGAUUCUCAGAGGACUUGUGCUUCAACUGGGCCUCACCCUGUGGACUUUUGAUAGCUCCAGAGUCCUUUUAUAGAGAUUCCCUGCAGCAGUUUACCCUGCGAAUAGAACAGGCUGGCCUGGUUAACCACUGGAUGACGAGAAGUUUCUAUGACAUGGUGAAAGCUGGACGAAUGACCAUCAAGGACUAUAGUCUUACGACUGUGUUGAGUCCCCUGCGGAUCCAGGACCUUCGAAUGUGGUGGUCUAACUUCGUAGUGGGUCUGGGCACCUCCUCCGUCGUAUUCACCAUCGAACUGCUUCUGUUCUACACCAACGUGUUUCUCAAUAGCUUGUAG